AUGGCGGGGCGGCGGGCCGGGGCCGGGGCGCCGCUGGCGCUGCGGGUGCUGCUAGUGUUGCGGGCGCUCCCGGCCGCCGCGCACCCGCAGUGCCUGGACUUCAGGCCGCCCUUCCGGCCGCCGGAGCCGCUGCGCUUCUGCGCGCAGUACUCGGCCUUCGGCUGCUGCGCUCCGGAGCAGGAUGCAGCGCUGGCCCACCGUUUCGGCGCCCUGGCGGCCCGCGUGGACGCCCCGGUGUGGGCCGCGUGCGCCGGCUACGCGCUGGACCUGCUGUGCCAGGAAUGCUCGCCCUAUGCAGCCCACCUCUAUGACGCCGAGGACCCCUCCACGCCCCUGCGGACGGUGCCGGGGCUCUGCGAGGACUACUGCCUGGACAUGUGGCAGACGUGCCGGGGCCUCUUCCGCCACCUCUCGCCCGACCGCGAGCUCUGGGCCCUGGAAGAGAACCGAGCCAAGUUCUGCCGCUACCUGUCCCUGGAUGACACGGACUACUGCUUCCCACGCCUACUGGUCAACGAGAACCUCAACUUGAACCUGGGCCGAGUGGUGGCCGAUGCCAAGGGCUGCCUGCAGCUGUGCCUGGAGGAGGUGGCCAACGGGCUGCGCAACCCGGUGGCCAUGGUCCAUGCCCGGGACGGCACCCACCGCUUCUUCGUGGCCGAGCAGGUGGGGCUGGUGUGGGCCUACCUGGCUGACCGCUCGCGCCUGGAGAAGCCCUUCCUGAACAUCAGCCGCGCCGUGCUCACCUCGCCCUGGGAGGGCGACGAGCGGGGCUUCCUGGGCAUCGCCUUCCACCCCGACUCCCCGCGCAACCGCAAGCUCUACGUCUACUACUCCGUGGGGGUCGGCUUCCACGAGUGGAUCCGCAUCAGCGAGUUCAGAGUCUCCGAGGACGAUGAGAACGCCGUGGACCACGGCUCCGAGAGGAUAAUCCUGGAGAUUGAAGAACCAGCUGCCAACCACAAUGGGGGUCAGCUGCUCUUUGGGGACGAUGGGUACCUGUACAUCUUUACCGGAGAUGGCGGGAUGGCUGGAGACCCCUUCGGAAAGUUUGGAAAUGCCCAAAACAAGUCGGCGCUGCUGGGCAAGGUGCUGCGCAUCGACGUGAACCGCAACGAGCGCGGCCCGCUCUACCGCAUCCCGCCCGACAACCCGUUCGUGGGCGACCCGGCCGCGCGGCCAGAGGUCUACGCCCUGGGCGUGCGCAACAUGUGGCGCUGCUCCUUCGACCGCGGCGACCCGGCGACGGGCGCGGGCCGCGGGCGCCUGUUCUGCGGUGAUGUGGGCCAGAACAAGUUCGAGGAGGUGGACCUGGUGGAGCGCGGCCGCAACUAUGGCUGGCGCGCCCGCGAGGGCUUCGAGUGCUACGACCGCAAGCUGUGCGCCAACGCCUCCCUGGAUGACGUGCUGCCGAUCUUUGCCUACCCGCACAAGAUGGGCAAGUCGGUCACAGGGGGCUAUGUGUACCGGGGCUGCGAGUACCCCAACCUGAAUGGCCUCUACAUUUUCGGGGAUUUCAUGAGCGGGCGUCUGAUGUCCCUCCGAGAAAACCCAGGGACAGGCCAGUGGCGGUACAGUGAGAUCUGCAUGGGCCGUGGCCAGACCUGCGCAUUCCCAGGCCUCAUCAACAACUACUACCCACACAUCAUCUCCUUUGCAGAGGAUGAGGCGGGGGAGCUGUACUUCAUGUCCACGGGCGUGCCAAGUGCCACGGCUGCACGUGGGGUCAUCUACAAGGUCAUCGACCCCUCCCGACGAGCGCCACCCGGCAAGUGUCAGAUCCAUCCCACCCAGGUGAAGGUGAGGAGCCGCCUCAUCCCCUUUGUGCCCAGAGAAAAGUUCAUCCGAACGCCAGAGAGCACCCCACGGCCCACCAAGGCGCCCCGCAGGACCCGUCCCACGGCCGCUCCGCGCACUCCCACCCCGCGGCCGGUCAGGCCUACCCGGCGGCCAGGGGGCCGAAGGGGCGGAGGACGGCGACGAGGGCGGCCGAGCACCGCGGACCCUACGCCCUCCAACGGCGCGGUGCGCCUGGUGCGACCCGCAGGACUGAGCUCCGGCCGAGGACGCGUGGAGGUGUUCGUGGGCGGACGCUGGGGCACCGUGUGCGACGAUGCCUGGGAUACCAAGGCCGCGGAGGUUGUGUGUCACCAGCUGGGCUUUGCACAUGCAGUGCGCGCGGCAAAGCGUGCGGAGUUCGGCGAGGGCCGCACGCUACCCAUCCUUCUGGACGAUGUGCGCUGCGCAGGCAGCGAGCGCAACCUCCUUGAGUGCGCGCACGCUGGUGUGGGCACGCACAACUGCGGGCACCAAGAGGACGCGGGCGUCGUGUGCAGCCACGAAGACCCUUACUCAUAG